AUGUCUUCUCUUUUAGAUCUUGCCCUCAAUUCGGAUGUUGGUGCACCUACGCCCUCAAGCCAAUUUGGAGGCAAUGAUGCAAGGACGCCGCAGUCUUCGAGACCCCCCGGAGCAACCCCCGGCGCAACUCCUGGCGCACUCAGCGAUAUAGACGGAGAUCCGGACGAUGACAUUAUUGGAGCAAGAGUACCGGGAAGACGCACAAAUGGACCAAGAACAGACAUUCCCAAAGUAGUGGAUGUUACCGGAGAGACGCUUUCGAUGCGGUUUCAGGAGUUCCUGGAGAACUAUACAGAAGACCCGUCAUCAUCGGCCCUACCGACAUCGAGCACCGUCCCCACGACCGACAAAUACUACAUUGCUCAAAUACGGGGCAUGCGGCUUUACGGUCUUUCCACUCUAUAUGUCGACUAUACCCAUCUCCUUAGACACGAAGAUGGCAUCCUCGCAGCUGCCAUCGCUAGCGAAUACUACCGAUUUUUGCCAUAUAUGGUUCGGUCGCUCCAUAGCCUUAUCGCAAAGUAUGAGCCCAGAUACUUCCGCCAACACAAGCAACCAGCCUCAACGGCCUCCGCAGCGGCCACUUCGGACACGGGCGAUGCGACACAGAACGCGAGUCUCAACGAGCAGACGUCGAAUCAGCAGACCGAUAAGCUAUUCACUCUGGCCUUUUACAACUUGCCUCUCGUCUCCCGCAUUCGCCAGCUACGCACUUCAUCGAUUGGCAGCCUGCUGUCAAUCUCCGGUACUGCGACCCGAACCUCUGAAGUACGACCGGAGCUUUCAAUGGCUACCUUCGUAUGCGAAAUCUGCAACACCGUAGUACCGAACAUUGAGCAGACGUUCAAGUACACAGAGCCAACACAGUGUCCGAAUAUAACAUGUAUGAAUAGGGAGGGCUGGCGACUAGAUAUUCGGCAAUCCACGUUUGUCGACUGGCAGAAGGUUCGAAUUCAGGAGAACAGCUCGGAGAUACCCACGGGCAGUAUGCCUCGAACAAUGGACGUCAUUCUGCGAGGAGAGAUGGUCGAUCGUGCAAAGGCCGGAGAGAAGUGCAUUUUCACCGGAACUGUCAUUGUCAUUCCAGACGUGAGUCAGUUCAGAGUUCCUGGUGUGCGACCACAGGCGAUGCGCGAUACAUCGAAUGCGGCGCGAGGCAACGACGUCGGCGGAUCGGGUGUCAGUGGUCUCAAAGCCCUCGGUGUGCGCGACCUGACAUAUCGCAUGUCCUUCCUGGCAUGUAUGGUCUCACCCGACCACUCCACUCCAGGUCAAACAUCAAAUCACCACUUGACCGGACAAGCUAGCAAUAUUCUAGCGUCUCUCGGCCAAGGUCAAAUCGAGUCCAAUGCGACAAGCGGCGAAGAAGCACAAGAAGAGUACCUGGGUACUCUGACUGCGGCCGAGAUUCAGGAUCUGAAGGACAUGGUGCACAAGCCCAAUAUCUUCAUGCGACUUGUCGACUCAAUCGCGCCAAUGGUCUACGGUCACCAGGUCAUCAAGAAGGGCUUGCUCCUCCAACUUAUGGGCGGUGUCUCCAAGCAAACGCCCGAAGGUAUGGCCCUACGUGGAGACAUCAAUAUUUGCAUCGUCGGUGACCCUUCGACGUCAAAGUCGCAGUUUUUGAAGUAUAUUUGCAGUUUCCUUCCCCGAGCUGUCUAUACCUCUGGAAAAGCCUCUUCGGCCGCAGGUCUCACAGCGGCGGUUGUCAAGGAUGAGGAAACUGGAGAGUUUACAAUCGAAGCUGGAGCGCUCAUGCUGGCUGACAACGGUAUCUGUGCUAUCGACGAGUUCGACAAGAUGGAUAUUGCGGAUCAGGUCGCCAUCCACGAAGCUAUGGAACAACAAACUAUCUCUAUCGCGAAGGCCGGUAUCCAGGCCACGUUAAACGCUCGUACUUCGAUUCUUGCAGCAGCUAACCCUGUUGGCGGCCGUUACAAUCGUAAGACAACAUUACGUGCUAAUGUUAACAUGUCAGCGCCCAUCAUGUCGCGUUUCGAUCUUUUCUUCGUAGUACUGGACGAGUGCGACGAGUCUGUGGACCGCCAUCUUGCUGAGCACAUUGUUGGGAUUCAUCAGUACAGAGACGAAGCUGUGGACCCUGAAUUCAACACUGAGCAAUUGCAGCGCUACAUUCGAUUUGCUAGAACCUUCAGGCCUGAGUUUACAGAUGAAGCAAGAGAGACGUUGGUUGAGAAGUACAAGGAGCUGCGAGCGGAUGACGCACAAGGUGGUAUCGGCCGCAACAGUUACCGCAUCACUGUUCGACAGCUUGAGAGUAUGAUUCGUCUUUCGGAAGCCAUCGCAAAGGCCAAUUGCGUCAGCGACAUCACACCCGAGUUUGUCAAGGAGGCUUACAACCUCCUCCGUCAGUCCAUCAUUUCUGUCGAGAAGGACGAUGUUGAGGUGGAGGACGAUGACGACGAAGCUCUCCUGGCGGCGGCAGCGGCAGCAGAACAGCAAGAUGGCGACGCGCCAAUGGCCGACGACCAGCAGGAUGCUUCGCGCGACCGGACUGCCACUCCUGCUGUUGCACCGCGCGAGAAGACCAAAAUCACACACGACAAGUACGUAGCCAUGCGCAAUAUGUUUGUCAAGCGCGUCAACGAAGAUCAAGAAGAGACGCAAGACGGUGUGGAAGAAGAGGAGCUUCUAGUUUGGUACCUCGAGCAAAAGGAAAGCGAAUUGGAGACACAAGAAGACUUGGAGAAGGAGAGAGCGCUGGCUAAAAAGGUGCUGAAGAAGGUUGUCAGGGAGCAAUACCUCUGGGUGAUUCGAGGCCAAGGGCUGACUGAUGAGGAAGGUCAGGCUGAAGGAAGUGAUAAGGUGGUUUAUGUCCUGCAUCCUAACUGUCCUAUCGAGGAUAUUGCUUAG